AUGCUUUUUGAGAAGUUCAGCACCGCCGGACCGGUACUUUCCAUCCGUGUUUGCCGUGAUGCAAUCACCAGACGCUCGCUCGGCUACGCAUACGUCAACUUCCAGCAACCAGCUGAUGCCGAGCGAGCUCUGGACACGAUGAAUUUCGACAUGAUGUAUGGGAAGCCGAUCCGUAUAAUGUGGUCGCAGCGUGACCCAUCGAUGCGUCGUUCCGGUGCUGGCAACAUUUUUAUCAAAAAUUUGGACAAAAGCAUCGAUAACAAAGCUAUCUACGACACGUUCUCGAUGUUUGGCAACAUUCUUAGCUGCAAAGUUGCGAAUGAUGAGGAAUUGAAUAGCAAGGGCUAUGGUUUCGUUCAUUUCGAAACCGAGGAAAGCGCACAGAAGGCAAUUGAGAAAGUGAAUGGUAUGCUACUGGAAGGCAAAAAAGUGUAUGUUGGCAAGUUCCAGCCGCGCGCAGCGCGUAUGCGUGAAAUGGGUGAAACGACUCGUCGUUUCACGAAUGUUUAUAUCAAAAAUUUUGCUGAUGAGUUGGAUAAGGAGGGGCUGGAGAAGCUGUUCUCUAAAUUUGGUAAGAUAACAAGUGCGGCGGUUAUGACGGAUGCAGAGGGUAAAUCGAAGGGUUUCGGUUUUGUGGCAUUCGAAAAUCCGGAAGAUGCCGAAAAAGCGGUGCAGGAAAUGCAUGAGUAUGAGCUUCCGGAUUCGGAGCGUAAACUAUAUGUUUGCCGAGCGCAGAAAAAGACGGAACGUUCCGCAGAGCUGAAACGUCGCUACGAGCAGCAGAAGGUGGAGCGUAUGCAGCGUUACCAGGGUGUGAACCUUUACGUGAAAAAUCUGGAUGACACCGUCAACGAUGAGGUUCUCAAGCAGAAUUUCGAGGCCUACGGCAAAAUUACAUCGGCCAAGGUGAUGUGUGACGACAACGGCCGUUCCAAGGGAUUUGGUUUCGUCUGCUUCGAGAAACCGGAUGAAGCGACAAAAGCAGUCACUGAAAUGAAUGGCAAAAUGAUGUGCUCGAAGCCGCUGUACGUCGCGCUGGCACAGCGCAAGGAGGAUCGUAAAGCACAACUUGCGUCGCAGUACAUGCAGCGUUUGGCAUCAAUUCGUAUGCACAGUGCUGGUGGAAUGCCCGGAACGGUGUACACCCCAGGCAACGGCGGUUUCUUCGUCUCGUCCACGCUUCAGAAUCAGCGUGCAUUCAUGCCAACUGCUGCACUACCAGGUGCACAGAUACGCGGGACUACGCCACGUUGGAAUACCAUCGGUACAGCCGGAUUUGGUGUACAAUCGCCAUAUAUGGUGCAGAGCAGCGGCUAUGCUCAGACUGGACGCAGUACGGCUCGACCAAAUGCAGCAGCAUCAACUGCAGCUGCUGCUGCAGCGAUGCGAGCGCAGCAGGGACAAUAUGCACCGGCACAGAAUGGUGGUAUUGCAGCGCGUGCAGUGCAGCAAACUCAACGCAUCUCGUCGACUGGCGGUGCCAUGGUCCAGAAUCAAGGUGUACGUGCGCAGCAGAUUCAGGCUAAGCCGGCGCAAGGUCAGCAAAUAAUGUAUCAGUCGUACAGCGCCAUGGCUGGUCGUCCCGUUCAGGCUCAGCAGAGUGGCAUCGUGAUUCAGGGCCAGGAGCCACUGACGGCACACAUGCUUGCGCAGGCUCUCCCGCAGGAGCAGAAACAAAUGCUUGGUGAGCGUAUUUAUCCACUUAUUGAGCGUAUCUAUCACGGGCCGGACGUUGGUAAAAUAACUGGCAUGAUGCUGGAGAUGGACAAUUCGGAGCUGUUGAUGAUGCUCGAGAACGAGGAGCUGCUGCAGUCCAAAGUGAACGAGGCUGCAUCGGUCCUGGCUUCAUCGAAACCCGAGAAUCGUUGA